GAGCUGCCUACAGUCCCCAUGGUGGGCGCCCCCCGCAGUGGGGACCCGUGAACAGCAGCGGCAUGCCAGGGAAGCCCAAGCACCUGGGCGUCCCCAACGGACGCAUGGUUGUGGCUGUCUCAGAUGGAGGAAAAGUACCUGAGAUGGGAUUGGGCCAGGGGCUGGGGAAGGCUGCAAGGCUCAGCUGCACUUGUCCAUCCCCCUGCAGAGCUGAGCAGCACGGCGGGGCCCCAGGGCCAGGGAGAGGGCCGAGGCAGCUCCCUCAGCAUCCACAGCCUUCCCAGUGGCCCCAGCAGCCCCUUCCCCACCGAGGAGCAGCCUGUGGCCAGCUGGGGCCUGUCCUUCGAGCGGCUGCUGCAGGACCCGCUGGGCCUGGCUUACUUCACUGAGUUCCUGAAGAAGGAGUUCAGUGCUGAGAACGUGACAUUCUGGAAGGCCUGCGAGCGCUUCCAGCAGAUCCCCGCCAGCGACACCCAGCAGUUAGCUCAGGAGGCCCGGAACAUCUACCAGGAGUUUCUGUCCAGCCAGGCACUGAGCCCUGUGAACAUCGACAGGCAGGCCUGGCUCGGCGAGGAGGUGCUGGCAGAGCCCCGACCAGACAUGUUCCGGGCACAGCAGCUUCAGAUCUUCAACUUGAUGAAGUUUGACAGCUAUGCACGCUUCGUCAAAUCCCCGCUGUACCGCGAGUGCCUCCUUGCGGAGGCCGAGGGUCGCCCCCUGCGGGAACCUGGCUCUUCGCGCCUUGGCAGCCCUGACGCCACGAGAAAGAAGCCGAAGCUGAAGCCCGGAAAGUCGCUGCCGCUGGGCGUGGAGGAGUUGGGGCAGCUGCCUCCUGCUGAGGGCCCUGGGGGCCGCCCACUCCGCUCGUCCUUCCGCAGAGAACUAGGGGGCGGCGCGUCAAACUCAGCCUUGCGCCGAGAGUCCCAGGGGUCCCUCAACUCCUCUGCCAGUCUGGACCUCGGCUUUCUUGCCUUUGUCAGCAGCAAAUCUGAGAGCCACCGGAAGAGCCUUGGGAGCUCAGAAGGCGAGAGUGAAAGCCGACCAGGGAAGUAUUGCUGCGUGUACCUGCCUGAUGGCACAGCCUCCUUGGCCCUAGCCCGACCUGGCCUCACCAUCCGUGACAUGCUGGAAGGCAUCUGUGAGAAACGAGGCCUCUCUCUACCUGACAUCAAGGUCUACCUGGUGGGCAAUGAGCAGAAGGCCCUGGUCCUGGAUCAGGACUGCACCGUGCUGGCGGACCAGGAAGUGCGGCUGGAGAACAGAAUCACUUUCGACGCCAGGGUCCCGCGCAGGCUCGAGUUGGCGCCGCUGGAGCGCGUGGUGCGGAUCUCCGCCAAGCCCACCAAGCGGCUGCAGGAGGCGCUGCAGCCCAUCCUGGCGAAGCACGGCCUGAGCCCGCAGCAGGUGUCGCUUCGUCGGCCAGGCGAGAAGCAGCCACUAGAUCUGAGGAAGCUAGUGAGUUCGGUGGCGGCCGAGAGAUUGGUUUUGGACGCUCUCCCAGGUGUGAAGAUCACUGAAGCUGGCGACAUAUCGCCCUGCCUCAGCCAGGGUGGCCCGCCUACAAUCCAGGACAAGGCCGCCCACCUCCCUCCACUGUCCCUGAACUCGCUGGCCCAGGCACCCAGUAGUAUCACUGGGAAGCGGCAGACCUGUGACAUUGAAGGCCUGGUGGAGCUGCUGAACCGGGUGCAGAGCAGUGGAGCCCAUGACCAGAGGGGCCUUCUGCGCAAAGAGGACCUGGUGCUUCCAGAAUUUCUGCAGCUGCCUGCCCAAGGAGCCAACUCCCAGGAAGCCCCACCACAGACUGAAUCAGCGGUCCAGCCCAAGGGGAGCCCCUCAGACUCCACUGCGCACUCGGCCCUCUGACGGCUGCCCAACCGUCCAGGCCGGCUGCAUGGCACCUGGCGGGCCAAGCAUGCCAUGGGCCCGCUCUGCAUGCCCUGUCUGUGCCAUGAGUGUCCCUGGCCCCUUCCUGCCACGGGCAGGCCCGCAGGAAGAGCUGGGAGGGGAUGGAGAGGCGAAUCAGAGGAGUGACACUCCACAGCUGCCACCACUUGGUCCCUUACAGGCUUGCUCAUCCAUCCCUUGCUGCCAGGCCACCAGGGGGAAGUGGGCCUAGCCCCCAGUGCAGGUGUGCCCAACACGGAGGGGCGGCGUUGGCAGUGCCAGCCUCCCCACCAUGUGCCAGGCCUCAGCAAUGAGUAGGAAGAGGGGCCGGCUCUUCCUCGGGGAGCUGGUAUGAGUAAGGCCUGGGGGUGCAGGCAGGCAGGCAGCCCCUCCCUCUACCCACAGAGAUGCUACUGAACUUUUGGAUUUUGCAGUUGGCUUGGGGCAGCUGGGUUUGUCCUGGAUGUAUGAUAUUGUUAUAAUAAUAAUUAUUAUUCUGCCAUA